AUGGAACCCUCACUCUCCCGCACGGUGAGCUCAGAGACCGCUCAGUCAUGGCAGCAACUCUCGUCCGCAAGCGGUGCUGCGGGAGCGUCGCGAAAGGCAAGGUCCAGCGUGUCUGAUUCUGGCGGGGAAAACGUCGAGCGUGCCAAUGUCUCCAUGCCCACACCAGCUACAAAGGCCAUCCGCCAGCACGCCUCACGCAGACAGUCACGGGCAUCCGACAGCAGCCUGUUGGAGUAUUUUGGCAGCUCCAGGAACGGGUCGGCCAUCCUGGACGAGAACGACCUCACGCCCACGCUAGAAAGUACGCGACCAGGGCCUGCCGCCGUGAACCCACAGCUGCUGCCAGACUCGUUCCGACUCCCGCGAACUGACGUCGAGCCUGCUCAGCCUGUCCAGUCUGCAGAUUCGAAGCGGCUGUCCAUUUCCUCGGUCGUCUCGUCCAUUGUCAACGCGCGGGGCUAUAGCUGGAGUGGAAGGAGUUCGCUAGUGGGCUCAGAGCCGGAAGUCAAGAUGGAGAGCCCCCAUGGCCCCAGCACCAACGCAACCUCCUCGCUGGCUGUCACCACCUCGAGCCAGAAUGGCAGUCUCGGCCCCAAAGUCUCGCCCACCCAACUGCUCUUCCCCCAGGAACCAGCAGCAAGCAAUGCCGCAGCCAGCCCUACCACCACCGCCCACCAUCCCACCGCCUCUCCCCAGCCAGGCCCACAACCUCUACCGCCACCUCCCCGUCGUUCUCGUAGUCGUACAGCUCAACGACGUAUCAGCGGAAGCACCGCCACCAGCAGCAGCCCGGCCAGCCGUGAUAUGAGGGAAAAGAAGCCCACCAAGGGCAUCAUUGGCGUCUGCGCUCUCGAGUCCAAGGCCCGCAGCAAACCUGCACGCAACAUCUUUGGCAAGCUCGUCGACGAGUUCGAGGUCAAGAUCUUUGGCGAUAAGAUCAUUCUCGACGAAGCAGUGGAGAAUUGGCCCGUGUGCGACUUCCUUAUUUCAUUCUUUUCAGACGGUUUCCCCUUGGACAAAGCGAUUGCUUACACCAAACUGCGCAAGCCCUUUUGCGUCAACGACCUGCCCAUGCAACAGGUGCUCUGGGACCGCCGCUUGUGUCUGGCCAUCCUCGACAAACUCAACGUCCCCACGCCCAAGCGCAUCGACGUCAGCCGUGACGGCGGGCCGAAACUACCAAGCGCCGAAUUUGCAAAGAACUUGUUCGAACGCACGGGAUUGAAGCUCGAAGGUCCCGAAGAUGGCACUGGGGGAGGGCUGAAGCCGCCGCAGAAGAUCGAGCUGAUCGACGACGGCAACACGAUUCGCGUGGACGGUGUCACUCUUACCAAGCCAUUUGUUGAGAAGCCAGUGAGCGGUGAAGAUCAUAACAUACAUAUUUACUUUCACAAAAAGGACGGCGGUGGCGGUCGGCGCCUUUUCAGGAAGAUCAACAACAAGAGCUCGGAAAGAGAUGACACACUCCAUGUGCCCAGGGCCAUUCUCGAACCUGAAAGCAGCUACAUCUACGAACAAUUCUUACAAGUCGAGAAUGCCGAGGAUGUCAAGGCCUACACAGUGGGCCCAAACUUUUGUCACGCUGAGACGCGCAAGUCGCCUGUUGUCGAUGGCCUGGUCAAGCGUAAUCCCAGUGGCAAGGAGGUACGCUACGUGACGAAGCUGAGCGAGUCCGAAGCUGCCAUUGCGUCCAAGAUCUCUGAAGGAUUCGGUCAACGGGUCUGCGGCUUCGACCUUCUCCGAGCUGGAGAUCGAAGCUAUGUCAUUGAUGUCAAUGGAUGGAGCUUUGUCAAGGACAACAGCGAUUAUUACGACAAGGCUGCUACUAUUCUCCGCGAAAUGUUUUACAAGGAAAUUGCACGCAAGCAACGCAACGCAGCACAAAAUGCAACUGCAGAUUCGCAAGAGGGUCUCGAUAGAAGUUCGAGUACUGUGCACAAGAGUUCGUCGCAUCAUCGUAAAGCUUUGGGGAAGAUGUUCAAAAGUCCCAGUAUGUCAAAGAUGGCCAACCAAGUACACGUUCACCCUCAUUUGCCUCACAUGCGGCAGGCUAGUACUAUGCCUUCUUCUCCAGAUACAUCGCUAAGUACUACCCCAACUGCAGCCUCGCCUAGCACGGAAAAGAGCAAUCCUCUUGUAAAUAUGAGCCCUCCUACGGCGACUGGAACCACUAUCCCGGACCGGGCACAGUCGGAGCCUGACCUGUCUCCUACUCCUCUGAUCUCGGACGAAGAUAUCGACACUGAUCCCGACCGCUCUUUCUCAGACGAACACUUGAACGUACCUCCUCCGGCAUCCAAAGCACAAUGGAAGCUAAAGGGCGUUGUAUCUGUCAUACGACAUGCGGAUCGCACACCGAAACAAAAGUUCAAGUACACCUUCCAUACUAAGCCUUUUGUAGACCUGCUCAAGGGACAUCAAGCCGAGGUGUUAUUAAUUGGCGAGGCCGCCUUGCAAAGUGUCAGCGAUGCAGUCACACAAGCCAUGGCAGAGGGUCAAGAAGACCCCAAGAAACUGCGCGAACUUCAGUUGUACUUGAACAAGAAAGGAGCCUGGCCUGGUACGAAAGUUCAAAUCAAGCCUAUGUUCCGGAAAAGGAGGAAGGAGGAGUUACAGCCUGGAGAAAGCCUGCCAGAGGAAUCACCGGAGCAACAGGUACAGCCCCUGAGUGCUUCCGAAACCGAAGAAAAAGCCUCUACGGAUGAUAGUGAGAUUGAACCUAUUAAGAACAGGAGCGACUCCAUGUCAGGCGUGACACUAUCUCGCAUAACCGCGCAAGACAACAACAUGAUCCUCGACAAGCUACAACUCAUCAUCAAAUGGGGUGGCGAGCCCACUCACUCGGCCCGACAUCAGACUCAAGAUAUGGGUGCGAACUUUCGAAACGAUCUUCUGCUGAUGAAUCGGGAUGUUCUUGACGACGUUCACAUCUUCAGUAGCUCAGAGAGACGAGUUACUACGAGUGCGCAGAUCUUUGGGGCAUCCUUUCUUGAAAAAGAUCAAUACCUUGCGGAGCAUAUCCAUGUACGCAAGGAUCUACUAGAUGACUCGAAUGCUGCAAAAGACGUCAUGGACAAGGUGAAGAAAAAACUCAAAACACUCUUGCGUGCCGGUGAUAAAGCCCCACCUCAGUUUGCAUGGCCAAAGGAUGUACCAGAACCCUACAUUGUCGUUCGGCAAGUGGUCGAUCUUAUGAAGUUUCACCAGCGCGUCAUGAAUUACAACUUCAAGAAGAUCGAGACGAAUGCUAUGAGCUCGUUGUCAUCUGUGACGUCGCCGCCGACUGGCGCCACUAACGUUGGGCAGUCGACCCCUCAGCACACCAAUGUCAACCAUAUCCAGUCUCGUUGGUGCUGUAACGAAGGACCAGAGCUCUUCAAGGAACGAUGGGAGAAGCUCUUCAAGGAGUUUGCAGAUGCUGAUAAAGUUGACCCUAGUAAGAUAUCCGAACUCUACGAUACGAUGAAGUUCGACGCGCUUCACAAUCGUGCAUUUCUCGAGUGGGUGUUCACUCCGGACGCUUCCUUCAUCGAUGAGGAGAGCAUCGUAGACCCUCCAAAGCAGACAACGCCCGACAAUCAUUCUGUGAAGUCCAAUUCGGCGAGUGCGACAUCGGAUGGUCAGGUAAAAACAGAGGGAAAAGAACAGACAGCAGAGAAGCCUCAAGAGCGUGGAAGCCUUACGCACCGCAUGGGUUUCAGACGCAAGUCUGAAGUCGCCAUGAAAUUACCAUCAUAUGCACACGAGUCGUACUUCAAGCUCUAUGCUGGGGUCGGGACCACCACUACCAAGGCGCAGACAGACGCGAGACUUGUGAAGCUUCGUGAGAUGUAUCAUCUCUGUAAGGUACUUUUUGACUACAUUGGCCCUCAAGAGUAUGGCAUCGAGAGUGAAGAGAAGCUCGAGAUUGGCUUACUUACCUCGCUCCCGCUGCUCAAGGAAAUCGUCGGAGACCUCGAGGAGCUUCAGGCGUCCGACAUGCCCAAGAGCUUCUUCUACUUCACCAAGGAAUCGCACAUAUACACACUGCUCAACUGCAUCUUGGAGGGCGGUAUCAAGACGAAGAUUGAACGCAAUGCCAUUCCGGAGCUUGACUACUUGUCGCAAAUCAAUUUUGAGCUGUACGAGUCGGAGAACGCUAGUAUCGAUGAUCAGCCGCAUACCUUCAACUACAGCAUCCGUAUCACGUUGUCGCCUGGUUGUCAUGCCUUUUCCCCACUGGAUGUGCAGCUUGACUCGCGUCACAUGAUUGGGUUCUCACCGCGUCGCAGUCUGACUUUGCAUCAAGACUGGAAGGAGGUGCUAGAGACACUCCGUGCUAAGUUUCAUACUGUCAAACUGCCCAAGUCGUUUGUAGCCAUAGACCUCAGCGAGAAAGCGCCUGAUGCGUUUGAGCGAACCAGCAGUGCCAUUUUUCAACCGCCGAAAGAGCUGAAGCCUGACGAAGAAGAUAGAGGAAGACCAGAGGAAAGAAUGGAAGCUAUAUCUAACAGCGACGUUGUCGAUCCGAAUUCCACUUCGUUGAAGCAAAUUCUGCCGACCGAGUUGCCGCCGCCCGUUUUGGACGCCUAG